CUGUGCGCGCCUUCUCGGUGCUCUCCCAUUCACCCUCACCUGCACAUUACACAAACAGCUCCCCUUCGCAUAGCUUGUAAUUUUUUUCAUAGGCCACUUUACUGGUCGAUCUCCAUGGAUACGUAGGCUGUUGCCAACCCACCGCGGCCAAACACUCACCAUGGUCUCGCUGUACCGUCCAUUCCUACCACACUACGAAAUCUCUGAAGGCGAUAUCACCUAACACACCUUUUCGCCAUGGACUGCGACAUCUGCGGGAAAAGCGGCGGCCCCAGCCAGCCUUUCCACUGCAUGACAUGCGCCCGCUCAUACCUCGAACAGCCCCGCAUCGAGCUCGCAAGGACGCUGAUAGACCGCGAUAGCGUCGAGAAGCAUGUCAAGGCAAUUAUAAACGGCUCCGAGGACCAGGCGAUACAACACGUCUCGCUUGUGGACUCCAAGGGUGGACUUUUGGUCGAUAGACAGGAAUGCACGAACAAUCUAAACUGGGAAAGGACGAAAGCCGAGACGACGGAAAUACAGGAGCGUGUAAGGGAUAUAUCAGAACAUACGAAUAGACUUCGCGAACAGAUCGAUGCCACACGAAAGCUGCUCGAGGCGAAACGCGCAGCCAACGCGCAGCGAAAGUCGGACCUUUCCUCAGCCACAUAUGGGAUCGAGUCGCGACGGGCGAAUGAGUUGGAUAAGGUCCAGCAGAAGAUCAAGAGACUGGACUACAAUGCGGACAAGAUGCAUCACGAUACGAUAGACUUGCGCAUGCAGCUAUGCACGACUACUGCGAAGCUUGCGGGUCUGAAGAUGCAGCGGCGAAAGACGAGAGAUGGCAGCAUCAAAGAGGUCUUCAACAUUGGGCCCGGCUCACGCCUACGGAUACAUGACCUCCGGGACCUGAAUGAUGUACCUCCAGAUAGUCUAUCUGCCUCCCUGGCUGCGGUGGCUCAGCUCCUCGUCCGCGUUGCGGCCUACCUGGGGAUCCGUCUCCCGGCCGAAAUUACACUUCCCCAUAGUGAUUAUCCACAACCGACCAUCUUUAGUCCAGCAUCCUCGUACCAAGGGAAGAAGGUACCUUUUCCUGGGUCGACGCCUUCACAUUCAUCAAAUGCCAGCCCAGAAGCCUCUCGCACGCUUGAGGCACGCAUACACCUCCCUAAGCCCCGUACACUGUUCGUCGACCGACCGUUGAGCCAUCUCUCUGCCGAGGAUCCCCCUGCUUAUUCGUCCUUUAUUGAAGGCGUCUCGUUGCUAGCAUACAAUGUAGCAUGGCUUUGUCGGACUCAAGGCAUGAAAGACAGCUUCAAGCAGUGGGAAGAUACGUGUUCGAUGGGUCGCAAUCUGUACAGAUUGCUGAUUGUGCAAGAGUCAUACAAUGCACAGCGGCUAGAGAACGCGUUUGACAAGGACAUCACGACAUCAAAGUCAUCCCGGUUCAUAUUUCGCAAGACCCCUGUGGGUUUUGGGCAGCUGUCGCAUGCGACAUCACAUUCCUACCUGGGCAUGGCGGAGAAUGCAAACUACAUUAGCGGAUGGGGCCUGUCGCCUACCAAGGUAGUAGAUGAGCUGAAGGCAUUCUUGCUUGCUGAGCAACAGGCCCAAGAGUGGGAUGUACUGAACCAGAAGGAAUGGGAGGAUAUGGAGAACUUGAUCGCUGAGGAUCCGGUCGUCGUUGGAGAGAAGCGGCGAGGCAAUACGGGCUUGGACGAUGGACGAAGCUAUCUCACUUCGAACAUGGCCAAUGGAAAGUCUUUGGGAUUACGCAAGGGGGAUGCCUCUGAAGGGGAGCAGGCAAUGCGAAAGAAGGGUGUAAGCGGCUACGUUAAGCUAAAGAGUAGGCCCGGGGAUGACGCAUACUAAUAGGGUAGGUGAUGUGAGGGUGGUGACUUGUGUGUAUGCGUAAGUAUGUAUGUAGAAGUAGUCAGGUGGAGAAAGGGUUGGCAGACAUAUUCAAACCAUCAAGUAACGGAUAUAACAGCGCGUAUGGGUGUAGUGCACUGCAUAUGUCCUUACGUAUUACCAAUCUCUCGCCCGAGCAGUGGCAGGGCGCCAUGUGUAAUCAGCAGGGAGCG